AUGGCAACCCACACCUCCGACGACGACAAGUUCCAGCACGGCGACUUCACCCUCGUCAGCUCGGACGGCGUGCGUUUCCGCGUUCCCUCGUACCACCUGUUCUCAGCUAGCUCCUUCUUCCUAGAUGCCGCCAGCAUGUGCGACGCAGCCGACAAGAAGCUCGAGCUCGUCGACCCCGACUUCGAGACGCACGACAUUGUGCGCGCCUUCCUAGACCUCAUUGUCGACUUCUCCAUCGACACUAUCGCCAAGGAUGGGCGGGGUGACGCCUACUCCCCAAUGUAUGCGGGCCUCUGCAAGUUUUUCGACAAGUUCGACUGCCAGAUGGCCAGGCGCCAGCUCGCAAUGCUGUUCUUGUACAAUGCGCCGACGCUCAUCAGGCCAGGCCUGUCCGACUCUCAAGCCUUUUUCGUUCUUGGCGCCAUUUGCGCCAACAUCGAGAUGUGCUACGACGCUAUCCGUUUGGACCGGCCGUGGCCCGAUUUUCCUGGUAACAGCCACCUCGCUCCAUCUGACCUGAAGUACAUUGGUGUGUACAUCCCUUCGAGGUACCAACAGGCUUUGGCGACGGCAUGGAACACCCUUGGGCCUGAUCGCCCUCGCGAGAUCUGGGCAGCCGCUUUCAAGAGGGAGAUUGAGGCAGCUUCAGAUGCGGGGGGCGACAGUCAUGGAGCUGUGGCCAACCAGCAGCAGGCGACCUGA